AACGGCUCGCAGACCACGCUUGCGCAGAGCGCCCGAGUGAGCUGGUGAUGGGGAUGCGGGCGGUGGAGUGAGGCGAAGAGAAAGAAUUUUCCAGCCGGCGAAGAUUUGGAGGAGAAUUUCUGUCGGCGUUUUGACUAAAUGUACUAUGAUGUCGUUCCUUAAGUGUACACGGUCUGCUCUGGGCAUCUGGCAGAUACAAAGCAGAGUGUGGCUAGAAACCACUGCAUGCUCAGUUUGCAGCUCAGUACGAUGGAACAACACCGCUGCUAACCAGGAGAAAGAAGCAAACUAUCAGUUCAGUAAUGCACGUUGGAGGCAAAUGGUCCUCGGGGUCAUCACCGGUACUGGCGCUAUCCUAGCUUAUGGCUUAUACAGAAAACAGGAAGCGGAGCCAAAACCAGAAACAUCGGUUGACAAUGAGGCUCAACAAUCUUAUCCUGUUUACACCAGGCAAGAUGUGGCCAAGCAUAAAACUAUGGAAAGUGGAAUAUGGGUCACCUACAAAUCUGACGUGUAUGAUAUUACAAACUUUGUGGAACUGCAUCCUGGGGGUGAUAAGAUAUUGCUUGCUGCAGGAGGUGCCCUUGAACCAUUUUGGUCAAUGUAUGCCGUCCAUAAACAAAAACAUGUUUACGAGAUUCUUGAAGAGUACAAAGUAGGAGAAUUGAGCCCAGAAGCUGUGCUGGAAGCCUCUGUUGUGACUGACCCUUAUGGGAAAGACCCAUUGAGACAUCCGGUUUUGAAGGUGAAUAGUUUAAAGCCAUUUAAUGCAGAAACGCCAGCAGAGAUUCUAACUGAAAAUUAUCUUACCCCAAAUGACUUGUUCUUCAUACGAAACCACCUGCCUGUCCCAGAAGUUGAUCCAAAAAAAUUCAGUUUGGAGAUUAAGGGAGAGGGGCUGAAGUCCAUCCAACUGUCCCUCCAUGACCUUCAAACCAAGUUCCCAAAGCACACAAUAACUGCUACAUUGCAAUGUGCUGGCAAUCGUCGCUCAGACAUGAAUGCAGUGCGUGAAGUGAAGGGACUAAAUUGGGGGUCAGCAGCGAUUGGUAAUGCAAAAUGGACUGGGGUUAAACUCUCUGAUGUCCUUGAGUAUGCAAGGCUGCCAGCGAACACAGAUGCUAAACAUAUCCAAUUUGAGGGACUUGAUAAGGAUACAAGUGGGACUCCCUACGGAGCCUCUAUUACUAUUCGUAAGGCGCUUGCCAAAGAUGGUGACGUGCUUCUUGCCUUCGAAAUGAAUGAUGAAAUUUUAUCCAGAGAUCAUGGCUUUCCACUACGUCUCGUUGUCCCAGGAGUGGUAGGAGCACGUAAUGUGAAGUGGUUGAGCAAGAUCAUCGUAAGUAAAGAAGAAAGCAAGAGCCAUUGGCAAGUGAAUGACUAUAAGGGAUUUUCUCCCUCUGUGGAUUGGGAUACUGUUGACUUCACCACUGCUCCAGCGAUCCAAGAACUACCUAUCCAAUCUGCCAUCACAUCGCCUUCCAAAGACGAACGUCUCAGCUCAGACUUGGAUGAGAUCACAGUGAAAGGUUAUGCGUGGAGUGGAGGUGGCAGAGAAGUGAUCCGGGUGGAUGUCUCAGUGGAUGGUGGACAGACAUGGCAAGUGGCUGACUUAAGUGAGAUGAAGCAAAAUGAGGGGCAGGCCUGGGCCUGGAAACUGUGGCAACUCACUGUGCCUAUGCCGAAGGACGAGAAAAGCCUGGAGAUAAUUUCCAAAGCUGUGGAUAACCAGUACAAUGUGCAGCCGGACACUGUUGCGCCCAUCUGGAAUUUACGAGGGGUCCUCAAUAAUUCUUGGAGUCGAGUGAACGUUACAAUCAAAUAGAAAUGAUUAGAAACUGUUACUGAUUCCAUAACAUUGAGAGACUUGGGUACAAUUACAGCUGGCUAGUAAUUUAGUCUUAAUUGUCAGUGUGGAUUAUUUGGUAAUACUCUUGCCUCUGAAAAUUGUGAGAAAAUUGUUCCAUUCCAGAGGCUAGUACUUAGUUCAGGUUGGCACUUCAGUGCAGUGUUGACUUAAAGGUAGACACAAAAUGCUGGAGUAACUCAGCGGGACCAGCAGCAUCUUUGGAGAAAAGGAAUGGGCGACGUUUCGGGUCA